AAUUACUUUAAAACUUUCCUCAUUCUUGUCCCAUCGGGUUUUUAGCGUGUGGACAGAGCACUUCGUCGCAUGCGGCCUCACUUGCGACGUUCUCUCUUACGGCCCACGCCGUUGAAGGUCAUUGGUGUUACCGGUUUCCUAGGAGGCAUUAGUUACCUUCAUGUCGCCAGAAAGCAAUCCCGUGUGCAGCCAGCAACCAUUAACGAAACUGGCGACCCUCUCAUUGGACCUGGAAUGGAUCAUCUGAAAGCACAUAAAGAACCAUUAUUUAAUCUUGACCGGAUACCAAAGUUUGUCGCUUCACGAUUUAACGCUGAUUCUCCUCCAAAUGGCAUUUUAUGGAAUUUGGGAAGUACUGUUGUGGUUGGCUCGGUCGGUAUCACCAGUAAACUCUUCCUCAAGGCCUUUGCUCCCACCAAGGUUUUCAACAAGGAACCGUUCCAGGAGCUUUUGGAUGAUCAGACAAGAGACCGACCCAUCAUCACAGUUGCCAACCACGCUUCCGUAAUUGAUGAUCCUAUAUUAUGGGGAAUUCUGCCUGUUCGAACUUUAUGUAAUAUUGAGAAAAUGCGAUGGGUCCUUGGGGCAGCAGAGAUCUGUUUUACAAAUCCUAUCACAUCCCUCUUUUUCGGAAUGGGGCAAGUUAUACCUACGGUUAGAGGCUAUGGUAUCUACCAACCAGCCGUGGAUUUUGCAAUUCAUAAAGCCAACCAGAACAAAUGGCUACACGUUUUCCCUGAAGCAAGAGUCAAUCAAGAGGAAUCCCUCAUCCGAUUCAAAUGGGGAGUUGGUCGUAUGGUCAUGGAAGCGGAAAGAUGCCCCAUUGUUGUUCCCAUGUGGCAUACAGGUCUGUCAGAAAUCAGACCAUUGCAAGGGCCACCCAUUCGACUCUUCAAACCUAUCACCAUCGCGUUUGGUGACCCAAUUGAUUUUCAAGAUACCUUAGACCAGUGGAAAUCGGGCAGAAUCGAUGAAGAGACCGCCAGGAUACAAAUUACAGAUAGAAUAUUUAAAACCUUGGGCGAGCUCAGAGAAAAGACGGAACGAAUGAUGGAAGAUGUUCAACGUGGUGUCAAGGACGGCGAAGGUGAAUUGGAACAUACAAGUAACCCAUAGACUCCCCCCCCCCAAUCCCAGUGUACAUGUAUGCGUCUCUCAAG